GUUACAUAUUAAUAUUAUUGCCUUCGAAGUGCUAAUUUUGGAACAGUUUUUAAGAGGAAAUUUUUACACGUAGAAAUGACGCAAAGUUGUGAAACAACGAACUGUAACAAAGAGGCAACUCUCCAGUGCCCCACUUGCAUUAAAUUGGGAAUCAAAGGCUCAUUUUUCUGCUCUCAGGCAUGCUUCAAAGGUUUCUGGAAAGAGCACAAGGUGAUCCACGCCUUAGCUGCCGGUGGGGAGAAGCCUGUUUUUGAUAAUGGUGUCUAUAAUCCGUGGCCGCACUUCCGUUUCACCGGCAAACUGCGCCCAUUUGCGCAGACUCCCAAACGCGCUGUUCCAGAAUCAAUCGCUCGCCCAGAUUACGCCGAUCAUCCGGCAGGACGAUCUUUAUCUGAAGAAGCUUUGCGUGGAACUACAAUUAAAGUGCUCGACGAUGAUGAAAUUGAGGCAAUGCGAGUGGCUGGAAGGCUGGGCCGGGAGUGCCUUGAUGAAGGCGCCAAAGCCGUAGAAGUAGGCGUCACGACUGAUGAAUUAGAUCGCCUGGUGCACGAGGCAGCCAUCGAGCGUGACUGCUACCCUUCCCCGCUCAACUACUACAACUUCCCAAAAUCUUGCUGCACUAGCGUUAACGAGGUCAUUUGCCACGGCAUACCGGACAAGCGGCCCUUGGAGAAUGGCGAUAUAUGUAACAUCGAUGUGACUGUCUAUCAUCACGGGUUUCAUGGUGAUCUCAACGAGACUUUUUUCGUUGGUGACGUUUCGGAGAAACACAAGAAACUAGUCCGCAUUACGUAUGAAUCGCUGAGUAAAGCUAUUGAAAUGGUGCGUCCUGGCGUGAAGUAUCGUGAGAUAGGUAAUGUCAUCCAGAAGUACGUGGCGCCUCAUGGCUUUAGUGUCGUUCGGAGUUAUUGUGGUCAUGGUAUUCAUCGUGUCUUUCACACUGCACCCAAUGUGCCGCAUUAUGCCAAGAAUUCUGCCGUUGGGGUAAUGGCCGCUGGGCAUUGCUUUACAAUUGAGCCAAUGAUUUCCGAGGGUGUUCAGAAGGCAGAAUCUUGGCCAGAUGACUGGACUGCCGUCACUGGAGAUGGCCUCUACUCGGCACAGUUUGAACAAACUCUGCUGGUCACCAAUAAUGGUUGUGAGAUCCUUACUAAACGACGUGAAAACAACGGCCAGCCAUGGUUCAUGGACAAGAUGUAGUUCUUGAAACGGCUGUUCUUUCUUAAAUUGAGCUUUAAUUUAUUUUUAUAAUAAAAUAUAAAGU